AUGCCCAAUGGUCCAUGGAAGAAGUGGCGGUCCAUUUUCAGUCCUGGAUUCAGUCCGGCCUACAUGCUGGAACAGGUGCCCAAGAUUGUCGACAAGGCCGAGGUAUUUUGCCAACUUCUGCGCGAGAAGGCCGGCCAGGACACAAUGUUUCAGCUGGAGGAGGCUACAUUCCGCCUGACUAUUGACAUCAUCGGUCUCAUCUCGCUAGACUCAAGCUUCCACUAUCAAACAUCCGAUUCGGAAUUCCCCGCCACUCUCCGCUCACUUAUCGAAUGGGCCACCUUCGGGGACGAAAUCAACCCACUGAAGCGGUGGAAUCCAUACCGGCCGUUUAUAACCUGGUACUACGGCCGCCGGCUCGACGCAUUCAUCCACGCCGAGCUCGAAAAGCGGUUCGCCGAGCGCCGGCAGUUCCUCCAGCCCGAGAAGCAAAAGGACCGCAAGGUCCGCUCCAUCGUGUCCCUCGCGCUCGACAGCUACAUGGCGGAGCACCCGUCGGCCGAAUCCGCCUCGCUCGACCCGACCUUCCGCACCUACGCCACGGCGCAGCUCCGCCUCUUCCUCGUCGCCGGCCACGACACCACCUCCAGCGCCAUGACCUACACCUUCCACCUCCUCCACACGCACCCCGCCUUCCUCGCCCGCGUCCGCGCCGAGCACGACCAAGUCUUCGGCCCCGACCCCACCGCCGCCGCCGCCCGCCUCCGCCGCGACCCCGCCCUCCUCAACCAGCUCCCGCUCACGCUCGCGGCGAUCAAAGAGGCCCUGCGGCUCUUCCCGCCCGCCGGCGGCAUCCGCAUGGGCGCGCCGGGCAUCGAGCUGACGAGCGACGUGGACGGCACGCGCUUCCCCACGGCGGGCUGCAGCGUGUGGGUGGUGCACGAGGCGGUGCACCGCAACCCGGCGCUGUGGCCGCGCCCCGACGAGUUCCUGCCCGACCGCUGGCUCGUCGAGCCCGGGCACGAGCUGCAUCCCGGCUGCAAGGGCGCGUGGCGCCCGUUUGAGAUCGGCCCGCGCAACUGCAUCGGCCAGACCCUGGCGCUGACUGAGAUCAAGACCGUCUUGGCUGUCGCGCUGAGGAGCUUCGAUCUCGCGCCCGCGUAUGGCGAGUGGGAUGCGCUUCAUCCGGGGAAGGGGGUCAAGCUGGCCAUGGGCGAGCGCGCGUAUCAGGUCUCGGGUGGCGGCGGGGGGCAGCACCCGGCUGAGAGGUAUCCGUGCCGGGUUUCGGUGAGGGGAUGA